GCACAUCUGGUGUUUGCGUUCCUUCGGUCCUGCCAGCCUGCGGCACAGACGAUUCUUGUGCUGAAGGCUUGGUAUGCAGGCUGGGAACUUGUCUUCCUGGCGUCCUCACCUCGUGUCAGAGCAGCAUCGACUGUCGCGACGGUCUCAGUUGCCAAUCAGGUCUCUGCGUGCCACUGUCGGUUCUCUGCACAGCUGAUACUGACUGUGAUACUGAUAAUGUCUGCCGCGCAGGCCUCUGCGUUCCGCAGUCCUUCCCUGGCUGCUCUACCGACGCCCCAUGUGCCGAAGGCAACACAUGUACAGCCGGCCUCUGUAUUCCCACAGUGCUCCCUGGCUGCACGACUACGGGUGGCUGUGCAACCGACCAAGUCUGCACAGCUGGUGUCUGCCUUCCAAGCAGUCUCUCCGGCUGUCAGGCUGCCUCAGACUGUGGCUCAACCGAGGAGUGUAGAGCCGGCCUUUGUGUG